AUGGCGAGUUCUUCCCACUGCAAAAGUGAUGAUAAGAAUUCACUCGAAUUGAGUUUUCCAACUAGAGGGCCAAGAUUUUUCAAGAUAAUACAUGAUGGUAUUGUUCACGAUCCAAAGUUGAGGAUUCCAGGAGUGUUUAUGAAAAAUUAUGGAAAAAAUCUAUCGAACCCUGUAUUCCUCAAUGUUCCAAGUGGUGCUGAAUGGAAAGUAGAACUGGUACAUUCUGACGGGAAGGUUUGGCUCCAAAAUGGCUGGCAAGAAUUCAAAGAGUACUAUUCUAUAGGUUCUGGACACGUUUUGGUGUUUAGGUAUGAUGGAAAUUCCCAUUUUCAUGUUCUUAUAUUUGAUAUGAGUGCGUCAGAGAUAGAAUACCCAAUUAGUGAUACUCAUGUUGAACAAACCAACAAUAACGAGGGAUUCAACAUUGAGGUUGAUGAUUCUGUCGAAAUCUUGAACGAUUUUCCAACAUGCCAGACAAGUGAGCAAAUUCAUGAAUAUGAACAAAUUGACGAAGAUGUCUUUGUUAGAAUAUCUGAUGAUUUUCCAACAAGGCGGACCACAAGCAAGUGUUUGAAAACAAAAAUAAAAGAAGAAUGCAGCGGAAGGAAGGCUACAACAUCAAGGCACCUGCAUACUAUGGCUCCUGAAAAAAGGCCUAGAGUGUCUGCUGAUGAAAAAGAGAGUGCCGAAGCUUAUCAAUCAAAAGAUCCCUUCUUCCUGGUUUUUAUGCAACCAUCUUAUGUUGGAGGCAGAUUCAAUUUGUGUAUACCAUUUGAAUUUGCCAACAAAUAUUUCACUCAUAAGCAGAAAGUGAUACUUGGGGUUUCCAGUGGGAGAACAUGGUCAGUUGUGUGCGAGUUGGCGUCAGGAGUAGCAAGACUCGAUUAUGGUUGGAAAUCAUUUGUGGAGGACAAUCAUCUCAAAGCAGGUGAUGUUUGUGUCUUUCACCUCAUUAAGGAGGGCACCGAACCUUCGCUUAAAGUCGUCAUAUUUUGA